AUGAUUAGAAUCACCCGUUAUGUGUUUACAAGGAGUUUAUUGCUCCAGCGUAAUCCAGUAUUAUACCGCAUCCUACGUAGUUCACAAAAACCUUGCACGCCACCAUCGCCAGCCGUCCGUGUAAGCGUUACGCAUCCCGACCCUGAGCGAGAUAACUGCAAGCCUCCUGUGCCAGUUCGAAUAAAACUUUCCCACGAGCCUGAACGAGAGACCUGCACCCCGCCGCCGCCGCCUCCCCCUCCUCCAAAAGACGAUAAGUGGAUAUGGCUUUCCUUAGCAGCCAUGAUUAUCACAGGCGGCUUCGUUGUUUAUGCCAAAAACAAUGCAGAAGUGCGCGAUUGGUUAACGAUAUACGCCCCAUGGUUCGAUGAUUUAAUAGCGGUAGCGUACCGGGAAAACAUGGACUACAUGCAGUAUGCCGUGUGCUGGUUUGACACCAUCUCGUCCUGGUUGACUGAGACCCAACCUAAACCCCAAGAGUGCAAGUUGGAGGGAGAGGUAUCACCUCCUCCUCCUGCGCCGCCUCGUCCCCCUCCUCCUGAAGAUCCGUGUAAAAAAGGAGUAAAAGAUGACGAUAAUGAAGAAGAGGUAGACGAAGUGGCUCCGUGCAUCAGACCUCCCGUCAAGUUCACCGACAUUUGUAUUCUCGAGAACUGCAUGAAGGAUCUUGCCGAGACUGCUAUAAACAACUAUAUGACUGCUAGGGAUGCUUGCCGAUUCUAUAACGAGUUUGUGAACGAGGUACUAAAUGAGAAAUACUGUCCGAAAUCAGCAAAAAUUUUGGACUCCGAGAUGUUUAACAGAAAUUGUCUAGUCAAGACAUCACUUGAAGCAGCCGAAAAGGCCCUUUUGUCUCUAGACGAUGUAUCUCGUUAUUUAGAGUGCGGAUGUCAACUGCCAAAAAACGAGGUCCAAUCUUCGAAACAAAUGCUGCAAGAGUUUAAAGACAAAAUAAGUGUUAUCCGCGCUGAGUUCAUUUGGGACAACGACAGAGCCCUUGCUGAGGAUGAGCAUUGGCAAAAAGUACUAAAAUACAUGGAUCAAUACGCGGAAGAAAUUUCGAGCAUUUUCCCUGAUGUCAACGAUGAUGCACGAAAGACGAAUACGUACGGCAAUAUUGAUAUAUUCCUGAACCACACUCACAAAUAUGUCGAAAAUUUACAAUCAAACUUAAAAGAAUCUUUACAGGAUAUGGGCCUACGUAUCGACAGAGCUGUGAAUAGUUUAAGCAGCAAGGAUGUACAGAAAUGUCUCCAAUCAGAGAUCACCAAGAAAAAACAUGAAUUAGCAACGGAAUAUACAAACAGGAUUAAUGGUUUAAAAGCCAAACUAGAUAAAGAGACGCAAGAUUCAUUGAAGGCCUUAAAGGAGCAUCAGGAAAAAGAAGCCGAAAAGAAGGCAAUAGCAAAGGAGAAAGAGGUCACUUCAAAGCUAGACGAAUUGGUGAAAAAAAUGGUCGCCGAAGAAAAAGCUAAAUUUGAUUUGCAACUCAAAGACAUGAGAUCUAAACUAAAGGAUGUCGAGGAAACAUUACAAGCGCGCUUAUUCGCUGAAAAGGAAACGAAUAGGUCCCAAGUAUUAUGGGCGGCUGGCUACGCUCUGAUGGAGGCCACCAGGCAAGGAGAACCUGUCGUUAACGUCGAGAAGGUGUUGAAGGCUAUAGAAGACAAUUCUGGUGCUAAGGACGGAGACAAACUAGUGACGACAGUGUUGGCAGCAAUACCAAAGUCUGUCUACACGAAGGGAGUCGUACCUGAGAGCGUGGUUAAAGCACGAUAUUACAUGAUGGAGGACGUGGCGAGGAAAGUGGCACUGGUCGAAAAUGAAGGAGCACCCUUACCAGUGUACAUUCUUUCCUUCCUCCAGGAUAUGUUACUUUUCUUCAGGCCGUCGUCGAUCCCUCAAGCAGAACUCGAAGGUCCUGCGAAGAAUGUCCCUGAAGACCUCGACACUUUCGACUUACUGCAGAGAGCAAACUAUUACAUGCAGCAAGGCAAGAUAGCGUCAGCGGUGGCGUACGUAGACAAGCUGGAGGGCGCGUCGCGCGGCGCAGCGGAGACCUGGUUCAGAGAUGCGCUCGCACUGCUCGAGACUCGGCAGGCGGCAGCGGCUAUCAUGGCGCAUGCGACUGCGAUCGCCGCUAAAUAUAUUUAGGGAUUUGGAUAAUCGAAAUAAUCAGAUUGAAUUUUACUUGAGAAUAUGAAAGUGUCCAUGGCACUGAACAGCUUUAGAAGUAUUUGUUUUUACUCAAAAUCCAUAGAAAUCUGUUGUCACUGUAAUACAAAAUAUAAUAUGUAGAAUUGUUUUGUUAUUGUAGUUUUAUAUCCGACUAUAGUUUUUUAACAUUAU